CUCGUUGUGUAUCCCGUCAUCUUGAGAGAUCAGAUGCGAGCAGAUAUCUUUCAUGCUAGCUCCCUGCUCUUGAAGUAUGGUGAGUAUAGCGAAGCAAAUCUCACUCAUGAAGUGUCAAGGCUUCUGAGUGAGAAAACUAAUCUGACUGAAGCGCUCGGAGUGAGUGCGCAGCUUGGUAGUGUGAUGCAAGCUACGUAUGAGGAGAUGAUGGAGUCAGGGGUGUUCGAGAUGAAGUCCAAAGGGAAUGAUCGAUCCCGUCACGAUUGGGGUCGUCAUCGGCGGUUGUUCAUCAUUAUGUGCUGCGGUGUAUGCAUGGCAGUUCCCUUCAGGAAGGCAAAGGUUCACAAGAUGCGGGCAGCGGUGGUCCCAAGCGCUUGAUGAAAGCCGCGGUGAAACUCUACGAAGUUCGUUGGGGGUUCUGAUCUCCAGAGUUGGAGAUGCUUUGGAGCAAGUGAGAGUCCACGGGGUACAUCAUUUCAUCAGGUCGUGGAGCUACCAUUGCCGAGCACGGACUCGACCAGCUGGGUGUGGGAAGCUGUGGCAAGGUUUGUGCGGGAGACCUUCGCUGCCUUGACAAGUCCGGCAUUGCUGCGAUUGGAACUGUCCAGCUUCGCAUUUUGAUAGCUUUGAUUCCAUGGCCCUGUGGGGAGUACGCUGGUACUGGACGAAGUGGCGGACUCGAACUCCAAAUUCAUUGAGAAACUCGAGGAAGAGUCGAAUGCGGAUCCGUCCACGGUUGAGCGUUCUGAAGUUUGGCGACUGGGAGGUAUCAAAAUAUCUAACCACAAUGCCUAUGUGUCCAACCCUUGGUCUCCAGAAGCUCUGCAGAUGCUGAAGAUGCCAAAUGCAUCCAAAUGCCAGCACAUUUUCCAUGGCUUUCCAAUCGGCAGGAUCUUUAUACUACAAGGGCUCUUGCAUCCCAGAGAAGGAGUAUUUCAAGAAGCACGAUGUGGCAAUUGUGGGCCCAAAUGCCAAAUUAUCCGAAGGAACAGUUGUAAAACUAGACAGGGUUGAGACAACUGGGAGACAAGCAGUCUUACGCCACCGUUGGAGAAUACCAGCGUAAAUUGGGGUUGAAUGACGUUCGCUUUGGCCUCGUACCUGUCCAGUUAGAGCCCGGUGUUUUGGAUUGGCUCGCAGCGACAAAUCGUAGCCUUCCAGCCAUCCAAGAUCCUACUGACCCGAGCAAAGUCUACCUUGAUGGGCCUUAUGGGCCUUAAGGGCCUUAAGGGCCUUGAUUGGUUGUGACAUGUUGUGACCGCCUUGAAACUUCUCCAAGCGAGUUGCUUCGAUUUGGGCUAGGAAAGGGCGGACUCGGAACUGUACAGACUCCUUUGAAGGCGACAGAUUUGCCUUGUGUCCGGAAUUUGAUGAGUUUGUCCGCUUGUCCAUUAAAA